GACCAAUUCUUUUGCCAGGAAUAAAAAUGCAGGCAUCCACAAGCUCUGAGCAAGCUCCAGGGGAGAAAAUGGAGGAAGGAGGAAGAAAUGUUCUCCAUGAGGACUGGGUUGGAAAAAUUCCAUCCAAUGUGGAUCCCCUGCAGAUUAAAGGAGAGCCAUUAGAGGAGUUGGGUUCAGCGGUUCCAUGGCAUAAUAUCCCGAAAAGAUCUCAUUCCAAAGAAAGCCAAUUUCAGCAGCUUGGAUCCGAAGAGUGGGCUGACCAUAAUUCCUCUACCACAUUGUUGGAAGCCAUGCCUCAUGCCAACCCAGAGUAUAGAGGAAUAGUUGCAUCUGAAGUCCUGACAGACUUUAGUAGGAAAGCUCAUGCCAUCCAAAGCUUGGAUUGUCCUCUGAAAGCUGGUGAGGAAGUCCUGGAGAAGGACAAGAUCAGGUUGGAGGGACUGUGCCAGCGAUUCAGGCAGUUUCGCUACGAGGAGGCGGCGGGGCCUCGAGAAGCAUUUGGACAUCUCCAGGAUCUCGGCCAUCAAUGGAUGAAGCCCGAGAGUCACACGAAGGAGCAGAUUGUAGAGCUGGUGAUCCUGGAACAGUUCCUGGAAAUUCUGCCACCAGAGAUGCAAAACUGGGUUAGGGAAGAUAAGCCAGAGACCUCCCUCCAAGCGGUGGCCCUAGCAGAAGAUUUCUUGCUGUGGAAAGAAGCAUCUGAAGUACAAGAAGAGCAGACAAAUUGCAUCAAAAUAAAACAGCCUUUGUUGGAAACAGGAAUGAAGGCAGCUGAGCAAAGGACAGAUCAUCAGAUCCACUUGUUCGAAAUGGUUGAAAACAAGAGGAAGAGGUUUAUGAAAGGAAUUUCCCACCUGAUGGCACUUACUGGAGUUCCAUUUGAUAAAGCCACACAAGAACUUUUCUCCUUGUCCCAGACAAGAAAAUGUCAUCAAGAGACAGAGAGGAAUGAAGGGAGGCCCUUAGAACAAGGAGGAGCAGAAAAACAUACCUUUGAGAAAGAGGAUGCCAACAUCUUCAGUCAAAACAUCUGGAAAAGAACACCCAGAGACGAUGCUUGUGAUCUUCCUACAUGCCAGAAAAUGGAAGCUGAAAAACAGCCAUACCAACGUAACAAAGGUGGUGAAAGCUGGGACUCCAUUUUGGGGCAGAACAAACAAAGGAGAAUAGAAUCGACCAUCGAUGGUCAGGAUGGGUUGCCUCAAAAGGUUUCUCAAAGUAAUCUGCAGAGGAUCCCUGUUGGAGAGAAACCGUACAGAUGUGCCGAAUGCGGGCACGAUUCCAGUCAGAUCUUAGAGCCGAGGGGAGGAAGUCUUCGUACAUGUUCGAAUUGGGGUAAAAGCUUUAUUUGCAGUUCAGCCCCAGGAAAGCAGGAGAAUGCCUAUGGUGAAAGGGAUCCAUCCAAACAUUCAGAACAUGAAAAGAGAACUCCUGACCUUCAGACGGGUGAGAAACCAUACACGUGCACAGAUUGUGGGAAAAACUUCAGCUUUAGGUCAAGUCUUGUCCGCCAUCAAAGACUCCAUACCGGAGAGAAGCCGUACAAAUGUUUAGACUGCGGGAAGAAUUUCAGCCAGAGUUCAAACCUUCUGAACCACCAGAGAAUCCACACAGGGGAGAAACCUUACAGCUGCCCCGACUGUGGGAAAUCCUUCAGCAACAGUUCAAGCUUGACAUCCCAUGAGAGAACUCACAGAGGGGAGAAACCGUACGAGUGUGCCAGCUGCGGGAAAUUCUUUAGUUGCAGCUCAGUUCUCCGUAUCCAUGAGAGGAUUCACACAGGGGAAAAGCCGUACGUGUGUUUGGAGUGUGGGAAAAGCUUCAGCCGGAGAGAAUUCCUGGUCGGCCACCAAAGAACUCACACGGGGGAGAAACCGUAUGACUGUGCGGCAUGUGGGAAGAGCUUCAGUCAGCGAUCCAACCUGAUUAAUCAUCAGAGAAGCCACACGGGGGAGAAGCCCUUUGGGUGUUUGGACUGCGGGAAAAAGUUCAGUCACAAAGCAUCCCUCUUGAAACAUGAGAGAAACCACGCGCAUGGGCCAGCCGUGGGAAAGGAUUUAGCCAGAGUUGAUGCGAUAAUUAUGGUGGAACAUAACCAGGCAGCGUAGCAUAAAAAUGAGGUGGAUCUUCCCAAGGGUUGGCAACAAGUAAAAAGUCCACAUACGAAUGGCACAAGUUUUUGUUAAGAUCCGUCUUCCUUUCAAGCUAACUCAUCUUUUCGGCCUAGAAUAAAAUAGAAGAAGCAAUUCAUAGAGUUGAAGCCGUGAGGAAGAAAACGUUGAUGGUAGGUCAAGCUUCCCCAAUGGAAAUCUCUGUUUCCAUUGUCUAACUGUGGCAGGUUUUUUGCAUCCCGGGAUCAGAGGUGGUAUUCAGCAGGUUCUGACCAGUUCUGGAGAACCAGUAGUGGAAAUUUUGAGUCUUUCC